GUGAACUGCCACAGAAGUCUCCCCACUGACUCUCCCCUCCCCUUCCCUUCUCUGUACACCCUCGGGAGGCCAGGAAGCUCCAGCUCAGACAUGUUGCUGCGGCUGCUGCCCCUGCUGUGGGCAGGCUCCCUGGCUCAGGAUUCAGGAUUCCAACCUCAAAUUCAGGAGCUGGUGACGGUGCAGGAGGGCCUGUGUGUGCCUGUACCCUGUAGAGUCCCCCGACACCAUAUGUUCUUUCUUUUCUAUCACAAUGUACAUGGCUACUGGUUCCGUGAAGGGGCGGACACAGCCCAGGAUGCUCCUGUGGCCACAACUAAUCCACAUCGGGAAGUGCAGAAAGACACCUUGGGCCGUUUCAUUUUUCUCGGGGACCUCCGGACCCAAGACUGCACCCUGUUCAUCAGAGAUGCAAAGAACACAGACCAGGGAAAAUAUUUUUUCAAGAUAGAGACAGAACAUCCAAGCUACCAUCCCAAGUCUAAGCUGUCUCAGGUGCAAGUGACAGUCCUGACCCACACGCCCAACAUCCUCAUCCCAGGGACCCUGGAGUCUGGUUACACAGUGAACCUGAACUGCUCUGUGCCCUGGGCCUGUGAGAAGGGGACACCCCCCACCUUCUCCUGGAUUGGGGGUGCCAUCACCUCCCAGGGCCCCAGCACACCCUUCUCUUCUGUGCUCACCCUUACCCCACGGCCCCAGGACCAUGGCUCCAGCCUCACCUGCCAAGUGAUUUUCCCUGGAGCCAAUGUGAGCACAGAGAGGACAGUCCAGCUCAGUGUCACCUACCCUCCACAUAGCAUGACCGUCACUGCCUUCCUGGGAAACAGCACAGGACCCAUGGCUGUGAGGAAUGGCUCCUCUCUGCAGGUCCCUGAGGGCCAGUCCCUGCAUCUGGUCUGUGAGGCUGACAGCAACCCUCCCUCCGAUCUGAGAUGGUCCAGGGAUAAGCUGGCCCUGAGCCCCUCCCUGCUUGGAGGCCCUGCAGUCCUAGUGCUGCCGCAAGUGGAUGCGAGGGACCAGGGGACUCUCACCUGCAGGGCUCAGAACCCCCUGGGCUCCCAGCAUGUCACCCUGAGCCUGUCCCUGCAGAGGAGCCCAGAACCCCUGGCAGAGCUGGUGCUGGUGGCCAUCUUGGAGGCUGCUGUCAAGUCCCUGCUCCUCCUCCUCUGCCUGGUCAUCCUGCUGAGGAGGUCCCAUAGCAAGGAGGUGUUCAGGACCUCAGGGAGCAAGGAGGAUACCAACACCACCAAGUGCUGACCUCUCAG